UUAGCGAUUCAAGCGGCUUGUGCGGUUGAGAUGAUUCACACAAUGUCACUCAUCAAAGAUGAUCUUCCUUGUAUGGACAAUGACGAUCUCCGACGAGGUAAACCAACUACACACAAAGUAUUCGGAGAAAGCGUGGCCAUCCUCUCCGGCGGCGCACUUUUAGCCCUAGCUUUCGAGCAUUUGACCGAAGCUGACGUGUCAUCCAAGAAAAUGGUUAGGGCCGUUAAAGAAUUGGCUAAGUCUAUUGGAACGAAAGGACUCGUGGCGGGACAAGCUAAGGAUUUGAGCAGUGAAGGGUUGGAUCAAAACGACGUUGGUUUAGAGGAUCUUGAGUUUAUUCACGUUCAUAAAACCGGUUCGUUGCUCGAAGCGUCGGCGGUUAUCGGAGCGGUUAUUGGUGGUGGUUCAGAGGAAGAGAUUGAGAAAGUGAGAAGCUUUGCGAGGUGUAUUGGAUUGUUGUUUCAAGUGGUUGAUGAUAUUUUGGAUGAGACUAAGUCGUCGGAGGAAUUAGGAAAAACCGCCGGAAAAGAUCAGAUCGCCGGUAAGCUGACGUAUCCGAAAGUGAUUGGUCUAGAGAAAUCGAAGGAGUUUGUGAAGAAGUUGAAGAGAGAUGCGAGAGAACAUCUUCAAGGGUUUGAUUCGGACAAAGUGAAACCUUUGAUUGCUCUUACCAACUUCAUUGCCAACAGAAACAACUGACAAUGUUGUGUGUUUGCUGUAUUGCUAAGCAACUAACGUGGAGAUGUGACAAUGUAAUCAAAAAAAAAAAGUAACGGUGAAAUAUGAAUGGGUGAUAGUGAAACAAUUGGUAACCAAAAAAAAAAGUAACGGUGACCAAAAUUUUUUUUAGAAUGGGUGAUAGUGAAACAAUUGGUAAAAAUAAAAUAAAUGUCUGAUUACCUGAUCAGGGGUUAUGGAUUUAUAGCAAUAAUGUGGGUCAAUGACAUAAUGUGGUCUGGUUGAAG